AUGCACACUGCGCAUGUGGCUGGAUGUCUACACAAGCUAGUUGGACAAGUUGCUGACGGGUACCUGAGUGGCGAGGGACUGCGUUCCUUGGCCUGGUCCAGCAGGACUUGGCUGUGUGUCACCACCGAAUACGGAGCAGUGGCGUGGCGUUCGAUCGAUCAGAAUUACCGAAGUCACCGAAAUAGAACUCCGAGCCAGAAAGUCGAGUCCACCCAAGGGCGAUCGCACGAGAACGAGAACGCCGCACCCAUGAUUUCGUUUUCUUUUGACGAAUAA